ACUUUUCGCUUGGCAGAGUCACGGGACUAAAACACAAAUGUCACAAAUCAGCCACCAUAAAAAUGACUUAAAAGACCUCUCAUCAGAAACUACAAGGCAUUGUGCUAAGGAAAUGGUAACAUAUGUUAUUACAGGCAACGCUAUAAGAGGGUAUCAUGAAACUUAUAAGCAGUGGACACCCAAAAAAUAUGAAGUUCUAAAGUGCAUUUUUGAUCAGGGGAUAGUUUCUGUAAUGAAAGGAAAAGUGAACUGUGGCUCUGUGCCCACAGAAUUACAAGAAGUGUCAAGGAAGUUUAUCAUGGCCGGGGGCAAUAUAGAAGCUAAGGUGAUAGAUAUUGAUCCAAGAUGGAGAGGUAAAGGGAAAGAAAUUCCUUGUAGAUAUAUUUGGUCUGGACUUGAUAACCAAAUUUUACAGGAAGCAGUGAAAGCAGCCAGGAAAGCUGUGGCCAAAACAAGGAAAAAGUAUAAUGAUGACGCAAUUAAGUUCAGACUUCUACCAAAAGAAAAGAAGAAAAACCUCAGAAAGCGUAGUACAAAUGGACUUGGAAACAGAAAGAUUGAUGAAAAAAUUCCAAAGAAGAAAAAUGUGUCAACACAUGUGAAUAGCAAUGCUGGAAAAAAUGGGACCUGUAAAGGUAUACCUUCUGCAACAGUGACUCCAAGUACUAGUAGUCUUCAUAACCAGCAAACCAUUGAGGAAAAAAUUCCAUUGUCUUCCAAAAAUUUGGCAAAACUUGCACAGUGUAUAAACAAGAAUUGGGUAUUUCUUGGACUAGAAUUGGGACUGAAUAAGGCUCAGAUCUGGCAAAUCAAGGAAGAGCAUCCAAACAGUGUUGAAAUGCAGAUUUAUCAUAUGCUUGAAAAGUGGAGUCAGACAGAACAUCAGGGGGCAUAUUUGCAUACCUUUAAAAAAGCUAUUGCAGAGUGCCCAAAAGUUGGUUAUCAACAGCCAGAGUUAAAUAAUGCUAUUCUGAAGAUAACCGAAGAUUACAAGGCUCAAUUAAAUGUUAAACUUUUGGAAAUUUAAAGGAACUCGCCUCCAGAUGAAAAAAAUGGAGAGAAAAAAAUUUAAUAUAAUUUCCGGUUACUUGUUAAUACUCAUCAAGUUAGGUAUAAAUUGUAAAUCUGUUAUGAACUGACCCUUUAAUUCAAUACAAAAAGUUGACAAAAUUAUCAAGAAACCAUGGUUCUUUUUAGCAUUAUCUACAGCAUUGCUUUUAAUGAUACAGAAAACAUAUAUUACAUUGAUUGGGAAAACAGUAAUUUAUUUUCCUUUAUUUCACAUCCCAAUAAAGGCUGUUUCCCCUAGCCCAAAAUAGAAAAAUUUUCCCUUAAAAUGCUGUUUUUUCACUGAAAUGCCCUGUGCAGUCUUUCUAGCACCAUGACUUAACAGCAGCUGACUUUCAUCAGCCAGUUGAUAAUUUUAAUUGACUGAAAGACAGAAAUCUGUCCAUAUAGAGAGCCUUUGCUAUGUACCAUGCAACAGUUAAAUUGAAUUGUAAUUGAUUUUUUUUU